GGUUCCAAGAUGGCGGCGGCGGCGGCGGCUCCCCCAUCCCCUCCUCCGCCUCCUCCUCCCCCUGCCGCCGCGCCGACGGAGGGCCCGUCCUGCCCCGGCUCGUGGCCCAACUUCGCCGUCGUGUGCUCCUUCCUGGAGAGAUACGGCGCCCUCCUCGACCUGCCCGAACUGCCCUUCCCGGAGCUGGAGCGGGUCCUGCAGGCGCCGCAGGAGCCCGGCGAGCAGGUUCCCAGAGAGCUGGUAGAACUUCAUCUGAAACUGAUGAGGAAGAUUGGAAAAUCUGUCACAGCAGACCGCUGGGAAAAAUACUUGAUCAGGAUGUGUCAAGAAUUCAACAGCACUUGGGCAUGGGAAAUGGAGAAAAAAGGAUACUUUGAAAUGAGCAUGGAAUGCAAGUUGGGAAUAUUGAAGUACCUUUGUGAGUGCCAGUUUGAUGACAAUCUAAAAUUUAAGAACAUCAUUAAUGAGGAAGAUGCAGAUGCUAUGCGCCUUCAGCCGAUUGGCAGAGACAAAGAUGGGCUGACCUACUGGUACCAGCUGGAUCAAGAUCAUAAUGUCAGGGUGUAUGUUGAAGAGCAAGAUGAUCAGGAUGGGUCUUCGUGGAAGUGCAUUGUCAGAAGCCGAAAUGAGCUGGCUGAAACUCUUGAACUCCUCAAAGCACAAAUUGAUCCUGAACUAUUAAAAAAACAGCAACAGGAUAAUUCGUCACGGGAGAGCCCUAGUAUUGAAGGUGAAGAGGCCAAAAAGGGCGAAGAAACGUCAGCCCAAGAAAGUGACUUGAAGGUCAAAGAAGAAAAAGAAGAGAUAAAAGAGGAGCCGUCAAAGCAGUUGGAAAGCCUUCUACCUCCAGCAGUUUCGGAAGAGGAAAACAAGAUAAAAUUGGAAAAAGUGCAAGAGAGGGAAAUCAUAAAGCUUCCAGUUAUAGUGAAGUUAGAUAAACCUUUGGAAAACAAUGGGGAAAUGCAGAUUACCAAAGAAGAAAGGGACUCUUUUAAAGAAAACGUUAAGCCUGUUAAAGCGGAGGUGAAGGAAAAUAAGCUAGAGCCAAAAGACUUGAAAGAUGUAAAUAGCAAUGCAGAAGCAACUGUUCACGAGCCCGAGAGGAUAGAGUUCUGCGUCAAUGUCAAAGCUCCCCAGGAAGUGGUGGAGCGAAGUGUGGAAGAAAGCGAGAAACUAAAAAACGACCAGCAGGCAAAGAUUCCACUGAAAAAGCGAGAGAUUAAGCUGACUGAUGAUUAUGACAGCCCGUUAAAAGGACCCUUGCGAAAAUGUAUCACCCCAACGAAGGAUGUUUUGAAGGAGGAAGGGAAACAAGAGGAAGAGACAUUUAAGAGAGUCCCUACAAUUACCGAUGGGAAAUUUCUUGUAAAUGGGGAGGUUAGUAGUGAGAAAAUCAUGCCAAAUAACAAGUUGGAACGUCUCCCAGGCACAGACACGUCCAGCCUGCCUAAGGAGAAAAAUGGUGUAAGCGGCGAGAAAAUACUAGAGACUGUUAGCACAAUAGUAAGAACAGCUGAUGUCGAAAGAAAUAUUUUGCAUACAGGGAAGGAGGUAGCUAGUGUGAUAGCUGAGGUUCCUUUUCAGAAAGUGCCUUUAAAGGAGGAGACCAGCCCGAAAGGAAAAGAAAACCUGCUUGACAGUAAGACUUCAGAGUCUGUAGUAGAAGCACCUUCAAAAAUGGAUGAUUGUCUCAAGAAGUCAGUGGAACCUGUGAAAGCAAAAGACGACCUGGCACCUCCCAAGGAAUGUCCAGAUAAAUCUUUAACUGCAUCUUCCCCAAAGGAGCAGGUUACUCCAGCAGUUGAAGAGGGUCUGAAAAAUAAGGGUCAACCUGGGGAGAAGCCAGAGUUGCUAAGAGCAACUGUGACUACACCGCCUGCUCCAGCCCUUCCCUCAGACAAAUCGGUUGCUGAGAAGGAGGAAUCUAAAAGCACACUUCCUGAUAAAUGCAAAGUACAGGCAGGACAGGAUUCUAAGCCACAGAAGGACUCUGAAGUUGAAGGGAAAGAAACGCCCAAAUUAGGCAAUGCCCAAAGUUCUGUCGAGGAACCUCCUGAGGCUAAAAAAGAGCCUGUGAAAAGCAAGUGCAAAUACAAGCUGAUUUCUGAAGACGAAAGUUCUCUAGCGGAGAAUAGGGAAAUCACCUCUGAGAGGCAGAAAGAUGGGAUCAAGCUCACAAUCAGGAUCUCGAGUAGAAAGAAAACCGACCCUCCUCCCAAGACUCAGAAUGCAGCCGCUGAAAAGGAGGAGGCGGCGGCUGUUGGUGUUGGUCGCAUUUUAAGGAGGUCUCCCCGGAUAUCCAAGCCCACUCCCAAAAUAGCGGAGACCCGAGAUCAGAAGCCCGAGAAAAAACCGAGUGAGGAGGAGGACGAAAAACCAGCUGCGGUGCAAAAGCCGGAGAAGAAAGAGGGCUCAAAAAAGCAAGAGAAGGAAAUAAAUUCUAAGGCUAGCAAGGCAUCACAGCGAAGCAAAGUUCGGUGGGCUGGUACUCGAACUCGCGGCAGGUGGAGAUAUUCGAGCAAUGAUGAGAGCGAUGAUUCAGAGAGUGAAGAAGACUCUGAGGAUCAGGCGGAAGAGGGGGAGGAAGAGGAAGAACCUGCGCCCGCUGAUGACGAUGAGCCGUGCAAGAAGUGCGGCCUGCCCAAUCACCCAGAGCUAAUUCUCUUGUGCGACUCUUGUGACAGCGGCUACCAUACGGCCUGCCUUCGACCCCCACUGAUGAUCAUUCCUGAUGGAGAAUGGUUCUGCCCACCUUGCCAACACAAAUUGCUCUGCGAGAAGUUGGAAGAACAACUGCAGGACCUGGAUGUUGUCCUGAAAAAGAAAGAGCGUGCUGAACGAAGGAAAGAGCGCCUUGUGUAUGUGGGCAUUAGUAUUGAGAAUAUCAUUCCUCCACGAGAGCCUGAAAUACCUGAAGUUGUCGAUGAAAAGAAGAAAGAUUCCAAAAAAUCAAAGGCAAAGCUGCUUGAAAGGAGGUCGACUAGGCAACGGAAGUGCAUCAGCUAUAGGUUUGAUGAGUUUGACGAAGCCAUUGACGAAGCCAUAGAGGAUGACAUAAAGGAUGCUGAUGGAGGAGGUGGUGGAAAAGGGAAAGACAUGUCUAACAUCACGGGGCAUCGUGGCAAGGAUAUUUCCACCAUCCUGGAGGAAGAAAGGAAGGAAACCAAGCGACCUCCGAGGGCUGUUGCAGUUCGCCGGAAGAAACGGCGGCGACUGAACGACCUGGACAGUGACAGCAACCUGGAUGAAGAAGAAAGUGAGGAUGAGUUCAGAAUCAGUGACGGAUCUCAGGAUGAAUUCGUUGUCUCGGACGAGAACUUAGACGAAAGCGAAGAGGAUCAGCCAUCGAAUGACAGCGAUGUGGGGUUUUCGAAGCGCAGGCCCAGGCGGCACCACUCCAGGCCGAUGAGGCAAAGCAGGCGGCUACGGAGAAAAACAGCCAAGAAAAGAUACUCUGAAGAUGACGAAGACGAGGAAUCUGAGGAUAACGUAAGCGGCGAAUCUGAAACAGACGCUUCUUCAGAAUACAGCGAUGAAGACUACCUGGAAACGAGGCGGAGAAGAUCUCGGCGCAAUCAGAAGAGGCAAGUCAACUACAAAGAGGAUUCUGAAAGUGAUGGCUCUCAGAAGACCUUCCGAUACGGGAAAGAGCUCAGAAGGAUCCACAAGCGCAGGCUGUCCAGCUCAGACAGUGAAGAGAGCUACGUGUCUAAGAACUCCGAAGACGAUAAACCCACCCAGGUGUCAAAGAGAUCCAUUCGGAAGCGCAGCCACAGCACGGACGAGUCCUCGGAUGACGAGGACGGGGACAAGGAGGAGCGGCCCGUCCGGAAGCGGCUGAAUCGCAUCGAGACAGACGACGACGAUGACAACUGCAGCAGCGCCAGCGACGGGGCAAGCAAGCCCGUGCCUGCCACCAGGCCUUCGGCAAUCCACGGCCCGCAAGACGUCACCAAGAAGCCCUACCGGAUAGAAAGCGACGAUGAGGAUGACUUUGAUAACGUCGCGAAGGUCGAAAGCCCGUUGGACUACAGCCUGGUGGACUUGCCGUCCACCAACGGACAGAGUCCUGGGAAAACCAUUGAGAACUUGAUUGGCAAGCCCAGCGAGAAGGCUCCCGCCCCCAAGGACAGCACAGCCAAUGCCAGCUUGGCACCCAACGGGACAAGUGGCCAGGAGGCAGGAGGACCAGAAGAAGACGAGGACGAACUUUUGCGAGUGACUGACCUUGUUGAUUACGUCUGUAACAGUGAACAGUUAUAAGACUUCCAUUUUUGUGCUAAUUUAUUCCACGGUAGCUCAUACCAGUGGGCCAGUUAUUAAAAGGUGUUUUAUUUUUCCUAGAAAACUCUCCACUACAGUAUCACUUUUUAGCAGUCAGAAAUUUCACCAGUCCUGCAGUUCGGGGUUAUUUUUUCUCUCUCCCCC